AUGAAGCUCCUUAUCCCCAUUUCGGCUCUUGCCGCCCUCUCUGGUAUUGUCCAAGCUCACUGUACCGGCUGUCCCCCCGAACUCCCCCAUCCCACUGUCACAGACGACAGCCUCAAGAGUGAGGGCAAGGGCAAUCAAAACGCUGGACCCUAUCAGCCUGUCGAAGACGACGACAGCAUUAAAUCGGAAGGCAAGGAGCACCAGGAUGCCGGUCCCUACCAACCUGUUGCAGACGACGAUGCCGAGACUAGCCAUGACGAAGACCAUUACCUCCUGAUCCGUUCCGAUCGUUUCCAGCCCUGGGUCGACGGCGUUUUCGCCGCUUGUGCCGAGCACCAACGAAGCGCUCUCACGUGUAGCUAUCGCGAUAUUAGUCGGAACAAGGAUAUUUUGGACUGUGCCUGUGCGCUCGAUUUUGAGUGCACCAACGACGGUUCCGAUUCUCGCGUUGUGCGCAAGGCCAAUCCGCGUAUCAAGGAAGACUUCCUCGACUGCAUGAGCCUGUGUUCGUGCUCCAGCGGUAAGGAUAUCGGCAAGUCUGAAGCCCAUCGUCCCCGUCAAAUCGUUCCCGAGCCGAUCCCCUUCCCCCGCCCCGCCCCCCCCGCACACGAUGGUCCUCAUGGCCACCAUACGCGUGUGCCCUUCCCCAACAUCAGCGGUAGCCCCAUGGGUCAUGGACCCGUCAACUCUGGCACCUCCGACUGUCCAGACGAGAUGACCCAGCGGUACUCGGUUCCCCGACCGACUCCCAUCCCCGAAUCGACCGUCAUGCUUUCGGUAACUACUGAGGACGAGACCGCCUCGGCCACCUCUAGCUCGCCCACUGAGGACUCCUACCCCGACCUGCCCACGGAGAUCGGCCACGACUGGCCCACAUCGGCCUUCGAUCCUGUCCCCAUCUCUCUCCGAACUCGUCUCCCCUUUGGCCCCGGAGCUGACAAGGACGUCCCAAUCCCUUCCGAGGGCCCUGCGAAGGCCACUGCACGUGGCCAUAUUCACAAGCCCUGUGGUCAUACUACGAUCUACACGACCGUUCUCCGCACGGUGUCCAGCAACCAUCCCAACGGCAAGGCUUCUGACUCCUCGACCACCUUCACCCCUCAUCCCACUCGUCACUCCUUCACCACCAUCUACUCGAAGGACAAGCCCGACCCUAAGCCUACCCCCGCCGCCCCCAAGCCCGCCAUCAACCCUUGGGCCAAGGUCACCUGCCUCGCCGAAACCGAGGGAGUUUGCGAGGACGAAUUCGCCUGCCUCGCCGACGGUACCGGCCUUGUCCUCAGGGAUGAUUCCUGGAUUCACAACUCCGCGACCGGCCUGGAGGUCGCGACUCGGUAUUGCAAGCUCGCUUGUUUCUGUGACAACGAACCUAACCAGCCCAUCAUUUACACCAGCAUGGUUGGCGAUGUUACGCUUACCGCCUCGCCGGAGUCUGAGAGUGGAAGGCCUUUUUUUUCUGGCAGGAUCCCUUUCAGUGGUGACCACCACCACUAG